UGGAUGGGGACUGUUGGUUGGAUGGGGACUGUUGGUUGGAUGGGGACUGUUGGUUGGUUGGGAACUGUUGGUUGGGGACUGUUGGUUGGGGACUGGUCGUUAGGGACUGUUUGAUAAUGACUGGUUGUUGGGUAUGCCUAGUUCUGGACAAUUUGAAAGGUACUUUAGUUAGUUAAGAAAAUCAUUAUUGGAGACUUUUUGAUGGGGAAUGUUUGUUAACGAAUGUUUGUCAAUAGAAUGAUGGUUACUAAUAGUUCAUUAGGGUAUGUUUGCUAAGAGAAUGAUUUUUUUACUAACUGUUCAUUAGGGUAUGUUUGUUCAGAGAUUGAUUGUCAGGGAAUGUUCAUUAAUGAUGGUUGGUUGGAGAAUUUUCUUUAAAAGACAGUUUUGCGCCUUCCUAGUCUUAUAAGGUGUUGUAAAGCAACUCCAAAUAUUUAAAAGUAUAUCCAAUCGAACUGCAGAUAAAUUGAAUCACUGUUAAUUUGUAAGUGAAUGGGAACUAGGGGCAGUUACCGAAUUCAAUUCCAUGGGAUGCGGACCUGAAUCCGGUUGUUACCAUGGGAGCGGUCUUUCCAGAAGGAAUCCUCCUUCUUUAAGUUGCUAUGGAACUCAGAACUCUUGUUUGGAACCUGUUUGCCCUUCAGAGAACAAGCAAGGGGGGGUCGGCCUACACACUCUUGACCAAAGUAAUUUAUUAAUACACUUUCUCCUGCCUAAUUUAGCGUGCCAAGUUUUUAAUACCUGUUUGAAUGUGUUGGGUUUGUGGCAUUUAAUUUCGUUGAAUUAAAGGGAAUAAAAUCCUCUGACCAACAUUGGCUCUUUAAACGUCUCAUCUGUAUUAUUUCAAUUUAGAAGCAUAAUCGCUUGGCGUAUGACCUUUUUUGUAAACGCCAUGGCAAACACAAAAAACAGCAAUGUGUCUUCAAAUAUCAGGUUUCCCCUCAGCAGUGUCCCUGUCGGGCUGGUCAGGUUACCAAACGGUUGCUAUGGUACCGGCCCUCCAACACUCCCAAAGUUUGGGUCGAGUCUGCUCGCAGGCUCUGCAGCCUGUAUUCUGUGAGUUACAAUCCCCCCGAGGGAGGUAGAGGAGGGCCAUGUCCGUUCAGCAAGUACCGCUGGGGUCCGUGACCAUCGGGGCCCCGGCCUGGAGGGAGAGCACCGAGCUCAGCCUGCGGAGAGCGUGUCGCCUGCUGAGGCAGACCGGCCUGGGGCCGGGCGGCACCGCGACAGCUCGCCCCCGGACCGCUACCACCCCCGGUUGCCCCAAACACGCCAGCACAGAGGACAAGACCGAGAAGCACGGAGACACCACAGAGGACGACGGCAACGGCAGGGACCACGCCGACAGCCGCGGCGGGGGUUGCAGUAUCGCUAGACCCCAGACGAUAGGGACAACGGUGAGAUGGAUAUGGAGUUCAUGUAGGCUACACGUUGGGCUGUCAAGUGACGGGCCAAUGCUGACCGUACUGAACGUAUAUUCUACUUAUGGCUUCAAAGAAACCUACAGGAGGUUGGAAUACUCAACUUUGGUGCCUUCCCAGGCGGCCAGUCUGCGUGAGCGUUGCGCACGGCAGAGCACGGCAACGGCGGGUGAAUACAUGCGCUGGGUGAGAGAGGUAGAACUUCGGCUGCGCAGACAGGCGGGUAGAUCAAGCCAGGAGAUCGCCAAAUUGGAGCGGGAGCGCGCACAUCUUGAGAUGAUGCUGCGCAGCCUCAGAAACGACCUGCAGGUUAACCGGGAGUGCGCUGGGCAGCGGACCGAGAGGAGGCCUGUAUGCCAGCGGGACGGUGCUGAUUUGAUGCUGGCCUGGGAGAGGCGUGAGCUGACAGAGAUGAAACAUGACGUUGAGGAAACGCUGAGAAAGACGCAGCAACAGCUACAGGUUCUGGACGAGUCCAGCAGGGACCUCCAAAUGUGGUCCAGCCAGCAGGCACUGGUUCUGGUCCUGCUCCCCCAUCGCGGCUCGGUGCCUGCCCCACAUCCCCCACCAGCCGCCACCAGAACACUACCACCGACCUACGGCUUCACCUCAGAGUCUGAGCAGGUGCUGGACUCCUCCUCACUAGCCAUCAACCAAUCACAGCGGUUACGGGAGCAGAUCAGACACGCGCUGAGCGAGGUCGUUGCAAGGCAACGGGCGUCACAGCAUGUGGUCAACGGUGGUCUGGUGAAGAAAGUAGCGGAGACAGUCACGCUGGAGCGGAGCCUGGUGCUGACGGCAGCCGCCACCAGACAUGCGGCGUCUCGGAAACAGCGGGAGGUCGACUCCCUCAGCCAUGGGAGGGCACAGGGCCCAGAGUCCAGCAGUGAUGUGUUCUGCAGGGAGAGACGGGGCCGUCCUUUGGUCCAGGUGUACCAGAGACACCCAGGCACCGAGCUCCCCGAGGCCACACACCUGCUACAGGUGAGGCCGGAGACCAUGAGACCAGAUCCAACCCCUGACAAACAUGAAGGGGUUUCCCCCUAUCAAUUACCAACAAUUAUUUUUAAAUCAACAAUGUCAUUAAAAAUAUAUGCGGUGUUGGGCUAUCGUUUGGGUGAGUCUGAAGACGACGCAGCACGUCUUCGGCGCUGCUUCCUCCAGCUGCGUGGAGAGGCGCGAGGGAAGCGUGCGGCCGCGCGUCGCGACACAACCGUGGUACGCAUGCGACUGCAGCGUGGCGACAAGCGAGUAAUACCUCACAUCCUCCAGCAGGGGGAGCCAAAGGUGACGCAAGAAGUAUAA